CAAAAAGGUGAACCCAGUCUUUCAUGUGUUUACGCUUCUUGAAAAUUGAAUUCCGAAAUAUCAAGUAUUUACGGCUGAAGUACUGCCCGCGGACGCUUCAUCGAAGUUUAAUUCAGUUCGGCAUUAUAUUCUUAGCUGCCCUGCGAGAAAAUUUAAGAGCACAUCGAUGGCCGCCUCUCAGCAGCAGUCAAGCCCAGAAAACGAGCGGCUCUACCAGUGGAUCGUGGAGCUCUCUAAUCCUGAAAUCAGGGAGAACGCUUUGCUUGAGCUAAGCAAAAAGCGAGAGUCCGUACAUGACCUGGCGCCCAUGCUAUGGCAUUCAUUUGGCACUAUUGCUUCCCUCCUUCAGGAAAUUAUCAAUAUUUACCCAGCUAUAAACCCUGCCACCCUGACGGCUCACCAGUCAAACAGGGUUUGCAAUGCUUUGGCUCUCCUGCAGUGCGUGGCCAGCCAUCCUGAAACCAGGUCUGCGUUUCUGCAAGCCCACCUGCCUUUGUUUCUCUACCCCUUCCUGUACACUGUGAGCAAAACACGUCCCUUUGAGUACCUGCGGCUGACUUCCCUUGGAGUCAUCGGCGCCCUGGUGAAGACUGACGAGCAGGAGGUGAUCACCUUCCUGCUCACCACUGAAAUCAUACCGCUCUGCCUUCGCAUAAUGGAGAGUGGCUCUGAGCUCAGCAAGACUGUCGCCACGUUCAUUCUGCAGAAGAUCCUGCUCGACGAGUCCGGCCUCAGCUACAUCUGUCAGACCUACGACCGCUUCUCACAUGUCGCCAUGAUUCUGGGUAAGAUGGUGUUGUCCCUGGCGAAGGAGCCGUCGUCGCGUCUGCUGAAGCACGUAGUGAGAUGCUACCUGCGCCUGUCCGACAACGCGAGAGCGCGCGAGGCCUUGCGUCAGUGCCUGCCAGACCAGCUGAAGGACCGCACCUUUGGCGAGUGCCUGGCCGACGACAAGAGCACCAAGCACUGGCUGACACAGCUGCUCAAGAACCUGGAGACGUCAACUCCUGAUAUCAACAGCCUGGGUGUCACCCUCAGCGCCCCGGUCAACUUGGCCUGAUUCUGUUUAAGCUUAGUUCAGUUGUUCGCCAAAACAUUGCAAAUUUGUGCACGAAAUCAUCACGCCGCUGAAAGAACAGUGCUAGGAUGGUAGGGAGGAGGGAGAUGGAUAGAAGUGCUCGUAUAGAUUAUUGGUGUUUGAUUUGACAAGUGGAAAGAUUUGCCAAAUCUAACCGGAUGGUCUCAUCGCGUUUAGUAUGAAAAUACUUUUGUGGGGAGUGCAGCUGCUGUGUCUGUCUGUACAUCGCCAUUCACCUGAAGAAAUUGAUUUUCUGCUGAUAGUCGGGCGGAAUUUAUCGUUUCAUUUUUCUCGCCUCGUUCGAAGAACGGCGGCAAUAUUUGUGAUUUAAAAGGGACAUUUUACGUUACGACUCACUGUAAUGAGUUUUGAAAUUGUGAAUUAAGCAUUUUAUUCUGCUACACUACUCUGCAAUUUUUCAGUUGUUGUUCUUAAGUUCGGUUGCUUGUAAAUACUAAAUGAUCUGCUGGGUAGCUCUUUUAUACUUCUGACUGCAAUGGAGAAUUUUUAUGUCAAGUUAAAUUUGAAUUGAAUUUAACCUUAGCUGUCCAACAUUUCAAAACUAAUUAUGCUUGUGCUCUGGAAGAUUUGAAUGAAAAAUAAAUAAAACGAUGUAGUAAAUUUAGCAAUAA